UAUCUUCUAGGGGUAAUUUGAGCUGUACCCUCAGGAUGGUAUAUGUAUGCACCAAGCUAUUUUAGGGUGCCAUUUUGUUUUUCUUUUGGUAUAAUGUAUGCUAUGAAAUGGGGUAUGAUUGGCAUAAUUCUUCUUUUGUCAUUCAGCUCCUGUGGGCACCCCAAGAAGAUCACCAAAGCUGCUGGAAAAACUAGCCAACAAAUUUGACAUCUUUCUUCAUGAAAUUUCUUUAGAGGUGAAAGUGAGCCACACAGCUAAUGUUCUGCAUGGUGUCAGUGACACAGCUGAACCGCCAGAAAUAAUCUCCCUGAUAAGAUCAUAUGAGUGUCCGUCACUGAUAUACACACCAGUGAAGGGCCUUUUUUGGCUCCUAAAAAGCAGCCAAUAACUCUACGCAGUGAAGACGACUUGAUGAGCUGUAAGGCUGAGUACAAGCGGGGGAACAUCAAACUCGCCUGUCGAGCAAUAAGCAUCGACAAAAAUGCAGGUACCGGAGAAACUGGUGGCACUGGAGGGAAUACAAGGAAGCGUCGCUUGGACAUGGGGCCAAUGCAGAUGAAAAUAGGCUCUGGAAUACCACCCAUGUACAACUGGUAAAGGAUUUGGAGAAAAGAGGUGUGCUUUGGCGCUUUUGUGCUAAACAUCUAACACUCUGGACAGAUGAGAUAAUGAGCGGUAACAGUGGAGGUGUCAAUGAUGAACCUAAUUGGGAAGAGCACAUUGCUGUUGUGAUAGAACCACCCAAGAGCAGAAGGCUAUCACCUGGGUCCCAAAAGGAACGGUCACCCCAGUCAAGCCAAUCAGGCAACAGUAACUUUGAAAUGAUGAUGGCUCUAGAAGCAAAACGGAGUGAAACACUUCAAUCUGCUAUAAUGAUUAUGCUGGCACAAUCAACAGCAUUGCAGCUCCCAAGGCAGCAAACAACUGGUAUGCCAGCCCAUGCUGCUGCAGGCAAAGCACUGGCCCAGAUGACUGAAGCGGACUGUCGCUCCUGCAUUGAGUCAAUUCAGUUACCAAAGUAUGUCAAGACAUUUUCUGACAGUUCCGUUUAUGGCCCAAUGCUAGAAGCAUUUAUCCAUCCACAAUUUGGAAGGCAACUACUCAUGUCAACUGGGAUAUCAGAGGGGACUGUAUCUCUCUGGUACCAGAGAUCUACAGAUUGAAAGCUCGUGGGUUUAACAGGUCGUCUGCAACCUCAGUUUAGUGCAUGUCAUUAGAAUGUAAUGCAACUCACAUCUCACUGUACAUGCUUGUGUGAUUUACUUUACAUUUGAGGUCAUCUACAAGUACUGUAAAUGUUAAUGUUUGGAUCUGCCAAUACUGCUUACAUUUUAACCUAUUAUACAUAUUAUAAAAGGGUAGUUUACAUUUCUUGUUGAGUUCUAUGCACGCUAAACGUAUCCACAGUCAAGGACAUAGUUUCUGCAAACUUCGGAGGAAAGCUGAAAAAAAAAGAUGUUGUUUGUUAUGUUUUUUUGUUGUUAUGUUUUUUUUUUGUUCAUCCUUAUGUUCAUGAUGGAAGCUCCUAUAGGUACAAUACAAUAUAGGUACUGCUAUAGGGAUUAUGGUCCUUUCAACAUUAGUUUGCAAUGUUUAUACUUUCAGAUGCAUCCAAUACUAAUGAAUUGCACUGAUGUGGAUCUUGAAAACAUGUAAUUAAACAAAGCUUUUGUUCAAGCAGUUUUUCAAAUUUAAGGAAUAAUGUGAUUAAAAUGAUUUCUUGUUUGAUUGAUGUCUGUACUAAAAAAUAACAUUUGACUAUUCUAUAAAUAAACUGUUGCUUUUAUGCUUACAUUAAACAGUGCCAUUUCAAAA